CCAUCAGACACAGUGUAUGACGAGAGGUUACUGACAGCUGCAGACAAUUUCAUUGCGGCUGCCUUCAAACUGCCUAGAGCUUCUGGAUGUUUCCCUCCAUGUGGUUUUCAGACUUCUGGUUAUGUCUACAACUGUAUCACCUGUCAGUAUGACUCCUGUGAGUUCCCACUUGACUGUCCAACAAAGAACAUCACAGUCAUGGAGACCAACCGGACACAGAUGAGGUGUGACGUCCCCUUUCCCCUGCCUUAUGAAAUGAAAGUGGUCUGGAGGUUUGCAGAGGAGAUCAGGACCCAGCAGGUGGAUCAGUUUGAGGAGGUGACAGUAGGGAUAGACCGGCUCUACUCUAUCCCCUCAGCUGGUCUGCGACACCAGGGUACAUACCAGUGUGAGAUCUACUCUGACCAGCGCUCCUUAGUCAGACUUUACUACCACCUCAUAGUCAUCCCCCAGGUGGUUGUAGGCCACAGUGAGCUGCAGGAGAUAUUUGAUCUGUCACUGCUUCCAGGGGGCCAAAUUGUCCCUGUGCCUGGUGGAUGGUCUCUUGCCCUCCUCCGUCUCCCCCCUCCCUCUCUCCUCACAGCCUGUCUGACUUCUCUGCUGCUGCUGCUCUUCCUCUCCCUGGGGAUUCUGCACUGGUGGUCGAUAAAGAAAGAGAAGAGUGAUGUGGAGCAAGCUGAAGACGAUCCAGAUUCAAGGUGCCCAGUGCGGGAGAUUUAUCUACUGCAAUAAAAACGAGCAAUCGGUCUUUAGCUGGUUUCACCACUAGAGGGCGAUAAGCACAUGUUAAUAUCUGUAACUUCAGUGCUUUAAGGCAGGAGUCAUUAUGAUCGGUUGCCUUUACCUUCCGGAUGUAAGACAUUAUUUGUUAUAAUGACAAUGAUUAGGCUACUAUUAUCACCACAUACUGUGGCAUGGUGAGACCAGGGAAUGCUUAAUGGGACAGAUUCAACACAUUUUUACUUGUUCAAAGACUCCUACUGUUAUGACAGAUUCGAUGUGAUACAUAAUGUGGCGUUUUUAAUGAAGAAAUCCUCAAACCUCAACCCUAACCUAGCCUCAACCCUUACCAUAACCCUAGCUUCAUUUCCACAUCCCGGCUCAAACCUAACCCUCAACCCUAACCCUCAACCCUAACCCUCAACCCUAACCCUAACCCUAACCCUAACCCUAACAAAAAAUAAUUAUAUUAACUGAUCAUUAACUGUGACAGACAGAUGGAUUAAAACUAUUGUAUGAAUUAACCCCUUCAUUGGUUGAAAAAGAUAGAUCUAAAGAAUGGUUUAAGCGAUUUCGAAAAUACAAAGUAAUCUAUUGUAUUGUGUUUAAUAUAAAACUUUAUUUUGCCCUGGUGAGGCAGACAAAGUUA